AAUUUUUUUAAAAAAAUUAAUUUCGGUACUGAAAAAGGAAAUUGCCAAUUUUGGUGUUUGAUUUUUUUGGGGGGGAUUUUGGAUUUGGUGAGUUUGAUUUUGGAAUCUCCGGUGAUGGGACGGGCGGAGAUGGUUGUAGGCCCGUCGGAGGCGGUGGUGGCGUAUGAUCUGAAUGAUGCGAUCAAUUGGUGGGACGAUGUGAACAAUUCUGUUGAUGGGCAAAACUUUAUAUUCCAUGUCCUUGCUAUUCUCUACGGCGUUGUCGCCGUCGUUGCUCUUGUACAAUUAAUUCGCAUUCAAAUGAGAGUUCCUGAAUAUGGCUGGACCACUCAAAAGGUCUUCCACUUUCUCAAUUUCUUUGUGAAUGGAGUUCGCUCGCUAGUUUUUACAUUUCGUCGGGAUGUUCAGAAGUUGCAACCGGAGAUUGUCCAACAUAUUAUGCUUGAUAUGCCAAGUCUUGCAUUCUUCACAACUUAUGCUCUGCUAGUAUUAUUCUGGGCUGAGAUAUACUACCAGGCACGUGCUGUGUCCACAGAUGGGCUUAGACCUAGUUUCUUCACAAUCAACGGAGUGGUUUAUGCUAUUCAGAUUAUAUUAUGGCUGAUAAUGUGGUGGAAACCUAUUCGAGUACUCGUCAUCUUAUCCAAGAUGUUUUUUGCAGGUGUAUCCCUAUUUGCAGCAUUGGGGUUUCUCCUUUAUGGUGGAAGGCUUUUCCUUAUGUUACAGCGGUUUCCAGUAGAAUCAAGAGGGAGACGCAAGAAGCUACAGGAGGUUGGCUAUGUAACGACAAUAUGUUUUUCAUGCUUCCUCAUUAGAUGCAUUAUGAUGUGCUUCAAUGCAUUUGAUGAAGCUGCAGAUCUUGAUGUGUUGGAUCAUCCGAUUUUGAAUUUGAUCUAUUACCUGUUAGUGGAGAUACUGCCUUCUUCGCUUGUCCUUUUUAUUUUGAGGAAGUUGCCUCCAAAGCGAGGGAUCACACAAUACCACCCUAUUCACUAAUACGUUAAGAGGGUAGAUAAUGAUGAAAAAAUCAAGCUCCGGGAUCAGGUAUUGAGUAAGUUGGCUUUUACCUGGAUGUGAUUUGCUAGCAAGAAAUACGAGAGAAGUGAUAAUGUAAAUUGGAGUAUGGUUCGUGUAUACUGAAAUAUCCGUCUGUCCUCACACUAGGCAGAUUGUAGCUCUGUUUUGUAUUACUAGUUAUAGAAGGAAUUGUGAAGUAUUUUACGAUCUUUAGUGUAUUAUUUCGCCUUUGUAUGUGUCAGAUUUCAAUUGAAUUCAUUUUUUCUCCUGAAAUUUCAUGUUGUUCACAGUUCGGGUUCUGUAAUCAUUUGGCUCGGUUAUGAGUUAGUACAGAAAUCCUCAUUGUUGGUUACUUCCAGUAAUUGUCGGUUACAUCGACUACAAUUGUAGCAAGAUCAAUAUUUGUUGUUGUAUCCUGUGUGAUUCAUAGUAGACGAUUUUUUACUGAUUCAUCGAACGAGUAAAGAUUUCGUAGUA